GCAUGGAUAAGUCGAGUUACUUUAAUAGUUUUCAUCGAAAUUCGCACGGUGAACUUAAAAGCACCUUCUUUGAUCCGUUUGUAGUUAAACAUAGAAAACGAACAAGCAAAACACAGCUAAAGAUUUUGGAAAAGACGUUCGAGGUCAAUAUCAAGCCUGAUGCCGUGCUGAGGAAUCAGCUGAGUGAGCAGCUUGGAAUGACGCCCAGGUCAGUUCAGGUAUGGUUCCAGAAUAGAAGGGCCAAGCAGAAGAAAGCAAAGAACAGGAGCAAGAACGACAGCCGGGAAAACCAUGGCCAAAAUGGAAAUGGUCCGAAAUACGACUACAUAAACUGCAUGAUGCCUCCUCCGGACGAAUCUAUGAUGUUUAUGCCGAUCGCGCCUUUGGAAAAGACCACCACGUUUUGCAAUGACAGAUACCCAAUUUCGCCUGUCCACGACAAAGCGCUCAAAAAGAUGACUCAAAACGAUCAGGGCGCUAAUAGAACGGAAAUCUCACAGAAGAAUGAUAAUAAAAUGGAAUAUCCACCUGUAGAUACGCUAGAUACUAGCUGGAUCGACAUGCGACCGCAUUAUGAGAACAACGACGGAAUUGCUGAUAAUACAAUUUCGUUUGAUCCAAAUAAUUUCUUUUGUUAAUAAAUAUUGGUGUAUAAAAUGGUAGAUUUUGUUUAAUUAUCGUUUUUCUUGUGCCAGUGAUGCUCGUGCAUUUUUGCGAGAUGGUAAACGGUAAUAAACAUAUCACCCCGUGUCGUAGAUACCACGUGCUAAUAGACAUCAUGGCAACAGAGACCGGCUAAUAAGUCCAGCUGCAUGAGAAUUUCGUGCAAUUAUGAUUUCAUUAAAUGAUCUAUAUUUGGAAAAAAUCAAAGUCACU